UCCUCCUCUGAUGGUCCUUUUCCUUCUUCUAGUCCCAGUCCCCUCUAUCUCUCUAAGUCAGUGGGGUUAUCUUUUUGUUUCUGUCUAAGGAUAAGAAAAGAAGGCUCUUUUAUAAAAAGUUAAGGCUAGAGGGCAAGCUUUAGGUGGAGCACACCACAAUGGCACAUCAAGACAACUUAGGGCAUUCCCAUGUCCCUGUGGAGGAGAAUGAUGCAGCAGGAAACCAGGGCCGACAGGGUGCUAGACCACGGCAAACUAGAUUUCGGAGAAGAAAAUGCAAGCAGCUGCAUUCAGCACGGCCAGAGGGAGAAGAAACUAGGGUUUUGCAAGUUUACAAAUUUAUGAGUCGUCCCCCAGCUAUCAGUGUGCACUCCACUGGUGAAGAAGCUCUGGGGCUGUCUAGUAUUCCUGUGCCGAGAAACUGUGGAACAACUGUGAAAACACUGGCUAGGUCUGCCAGCCCUUGGAUUCGUCUUGAACCUGUACCGUGUUGGGUCAAAGACUGUACUGGACUGGCCUGCUCAGCAGAUCAUGGUCCUAGAAGACAUCUGAUAAAAGCCAAUCUCCAAGCUGAGGAAGAUAGCCUGAGAUCCAUGUUAAGAGAGGAACUUUUAUCAAGGGAUGAAGACCAUGAUGAUUUGGGGACAGCCAGCUCCCAGGCAGGUGUUGUCAGCAGUGAUGCUCCCAGGAGCUUGGCAGAAGAGUUUUCACUAGUUCCCUUAAACAUGCGAAGGAAAUGCUCUGCUUUGAAUUUUGACUUGCUAGUAGAAAGAUGUCUUAAAAGGCUCUGAGUUUCAGCACAUCUGUUUAGAAUUUAAGAUACAGAUUUUUUUUGAGAUAUGAAUGCCGAUCUUCAUGUACACAGUUUAUAGAAAUGCAGGCUGAAGUCUGCAUUAAAGCCAUGAAGGUUCAAAUGGGGUGAAGCCCAGCACAUCUUUCUUAGAUUGACAGGCAGUAAGGAAAGACAAAACUGGAGUGAAAAUAAAUCCUUCAUAUGAGUUGCCUUCUUUGGGAGUUUAGAAUCCUGUAAUAAUCAUAAGGUGUUAAAAAUGGAAAUAUGACUGAGUCUAAGCUAAUAUAAUGACUAUUUCUUUUGCAACUGUAAUGGAUAUACCAAGAAAUAUCGUCAUAUUUUGUCUCUUUCUCAGUAGUAUAGUCUCUUUUUUAAUAACUUCUUGAAGGAUAUUUGAAAUUCAAAGCCCUCGUAUAUGCCACUAUUUCCUUUCAGUAAGUGCUUUAAUUUCUUCUAUAGAAGCCUAGAGGGUUUACUGUUUGUUUUGUGUUUUUCUUGAUCUAAAAAUUAUAAUUCACUGCAUAUAUUUGGUUGUUCAUAUAUACGUAAACAGCUCUGUAAGGCAGUAUGAGAUAGCUAGGAUACAUCCUAUGAUAAACAAGGGGUGAAAAGCCCAACCUUCUCCAGUUGGGGUUAAUUGAUCAUGUGAAAUAAACAUGUUUUUUAAAAAUUUA